GGUUCCCAUCGCAACGACAGUUGCCGAGGGCUUGUGUUGGCAGGUGGGAAGUUCAGGCGGUCGCGGCGUGUUGUCGGGGGCCAAUCGGGACCAAUUUUCAAGACAGCUUUGGCUUGGACGUCUCGUCCCACCGCGCGGCUCCGGACCUUGAGUGAUUAUUACAAUGGAAGAAACCAAUAAUUUCAAGACACCAAGCAGAUUAUCUGAAAAAAAGAAAUCUGCAUUGUGUUUAACUCCAUGCAUAAAUAUUCCUGCCUCUCCGUUUAUGCAGAAGCUUGGCUUUGGUACUGGGGUCAAUGUCUACCUCAUGAAAAGAUCUCCAAGAGGUUUGUCUCAUUCUCCUUGGGCUGUGAAAAAGAUUAAUCCUAGAUGUAAUGAUGAUUAUCAGAGUAUGUAUCAAAAGAGACUAACUGAUGAAGCUAAGAUUUUGAAAAGCCUUAAUCAUCCAAACAUUAUAGGUUACCGUGCCUUCACUAAAGCUAGCGAUGGUAGUCUAUGUCUUGCUAUGGAAUACGGAGGUGAAAAGUCUCUGAAUGACUUAAUAGAAGAACGAAAUAGAGAUAGCCGAGAUCCUUUUCCAGCAGCCAUAAUUUUAAAAGUUGCUUUGAAUAUGGCAAGAGGGUUAAAGUAUUUGCACCAAGACAAGAAACUGCUUCAUGGAGAUAUAAAGUCUUCAAAUGUUGUUAUUAAAGGUGAUUUUGAAACAAUUAAAAUCUGUGAUGUAGGAGUCUCUCUACCAUUGGAUGAAAAUAUGACCGUGACUGACCCUGAGGCCUGUUACAUUGGCACUGAGCCUUGGAAACCUAAGGAAGCUCUGGAGGAGAAUGGUAUUAUUACUGACAAGGCAGACAUAUUCGCCUUUGGCCUUACUCUGUGGGAAAUGAUGACUUUAUCUAUUCCACACAUUAGUCUUCCAGAUGAUGAUGAUGAUGAAGAUAAAACUUUUGAUGAAAGUGACUUUGAUGAUGAAGCAUACUAUGCAGCUUUGGGAACUAGGCCACCUGUUAAUAUGGAAGAACUGGAUGAAUCGUACCAGAAAGCAAUUGAGCUCUUCUCUGUGUGCACUAAUGAAGACCCUAAAGAUCGUCCUUCUGCUGCGCACGUAGUUGACGCUUUGGAAAUGGAUGUCCUGUGAUCACCUCAUACACAUGGCUACCGGAGCUUCAAGUAUAGCUUGUCUGCCAAGCUGACAAAGGAGUUUCUCUCUCUUAGCCUGUUCUCAUGAACUGCAACGUUCUUUUUAAUACAUAAACAAAUACUUUUCCUUGAAUAAUUAUUUCCAGUUCCUGUAGUUGGAAUAUCUAAAUGGAAACAAACUAACACCCAAGGACUGGACCGGCAAAUUCAUAGCACUUGUCUGUGGCAGACGUUACAAAGCGAUCCCCGCCUGCUUUUUCCUUUGAGUCUAGAUAGGGCCUUGAGACCCUCAACACAAGGUUGCAGAGAUUUUACUACCAACGGCAAGAAAACUUUUAAAAUUCUUGUUCUGGAACUUGCUCUUUAAGUCUCUUCUUGAGUUACCUUCUUUUUUUGGUCAUUUGCUUCAUUCUUAGGAAAGAUUUACGUGUGACUGGGUUGAGGAUAUAGCAAUAUUAAUCUUUUUGCUGAAUUAAUUAUAAUUGGCAAAUCAAAACAGGCUUCUCUGAAGUAGCUUUCUCACCUCCCAGACAAAGGCCUCCAGGAACCUGUUUGUACCUCUAUAAAACGGAGAUAAUAAGCACUUGCUUAAGAAAUGUAGAAGACUGUUCUUUCAUGCCUCAUGGUACCUACUUAAUCUACAAUUUGUUGAUUAAAAUAAAAUUAGAACUGACUUUUAAAUAACAAAAAUACUAUAUAUAAAAACUUGUGGCAUGCAGCUGAAGUUGUCCUUAGAGAGAUUUAUAGUCUUAAAUGCUAUAUUAGAAAAGAAAGGCUGAAAAAUCAGCUAAGAAUCUAGGAAAAACAAAGUAAGUCUCCCUUCCAAUAGAAAGAAAUAAAUGAGCAAAAAUUUUAAAACAAAACAAAACCUAUCAUAGAAAAUAGAAAACAAACAUAUAAUAGGAUCAGCAAUGCCAAAAGUUGGGUCUUUGAAAAUAUAAAUAAAAUUGAUAAGCCCUAGCAAGACUUAUAUAGAGAGCAAAAAAGACAUGUCAUAAAUUAAAAAGGAAACAUCACUGCAGAUCCUGUAGAUAUCCAGCCUCAUUCAUGAACACAUGAAAAUUCCCAAACAAAAUAUUAGUAAACCAAAACCAGUAACAUAAAAAGGAAAAACUUCAUCAAGACCAAGUUGGGUCUGUUGCAGGAAGGCUAGGUUGAUUUAACAUUUAAAGAACAAUGUAAUCCCCAUAUUAGCACAAGAAAAAUCAAAAGAUGGAAUAAAAAUGUUGAUAGAAUCCAGUAUCACUUCAAGAUGUUUAAAAGCAUCUUAGAACACUGGGACUAGAGAGGAACUUCCUUAAUGUAAGAAAGGGUGUCCAUAUCUAGCAAGGAAGCUAUAGUAAACAUCAUUUUAUAGUAGCUAUGGAUUGAAAGUUUGUGUUCCACUGAAAGUCAUAUAUUGAAGCCUAAUCCCCACUGUGAUGGUAUCUGGAACUGGGGCCUUUGGAAGGUGAUUAGGCCAUGAGGGUGACCCUCAUGAAUGGGAAUCGUGCCCUUAGAGAUGUGAAAUAAAAUUCAUAUUUUAGGGCAAGACAAAAAUUUAAACAUAAAAAAAGUCCUCUGCCCUUUGUCCUCCUCUCUCCCCUCCACUGCACACUGCAUACCUGCAUUAUGCAUCGACCAAACCUCCCCCAUCAGCAGAAAUACCUGUUCAACCAUAAAGAGCAAUAUUCUCCCAGCAUCAACAAGACAACUCCUUAAAAGAUAA